GUGUGUAAUGCCAAUUCUUGGUAUUUUCCUGAAAGAAAAUUCUUUCGGUUUCCUAAAAAUCCAGAGAGAUCAGCACAAUGGCUUGAAGCAUGUAGAAUUUACUUGAUUGGACGUGACAAGGAAAUAUUAAAGAAGCCACCUUCUCUUUUAUAUCGAAGUCGUCUUUGUUCCGCACAUUUUGAAGACAAUGCAUAUUCCACAACUAAGAAGCAUUUUUUGCAUUCGAGUGCUAAACCAACAAAAUUUGGUGAAACAGCUGAUGAGCUGUCCAGAAACGACAGAGUUGUAAAUGUUCAUCAGCUGUCUAUGAAGUUGUGCUCGAAAUUGCAGCAGCAUGCAAUCAGUAUCGAUGAUAAUUCAAGUCCUUUGGCAGAAACAGAUUCUGGCACUUCACAAACAGAUUCUGGCUCUCUAGAACUUGGUUCACACCAGCACUCCAUAGAACUAAAUAAUAUCACCGAGACACCAAAAAGAUUAAAAUGCAACAAAAAUUUAACACCAAAAUCUUUAAAAAUAAGGCAGUUAAGUCAUAAGCUGGCAUAUUUAAAACGAAAACAUUCAGCAAAAAGGAAAGCAAACAAAGCUGGAGUCGAAAAGGCACUCCAGCUGAUUAGCUCAUUAGUUAGUUCUGUAGUUUUCACUUUUAUAAAAUCACAAAUAAAAGCAUCAAAUGUGUCAAAAUACGGACGAAGAUGGUCACUGAUGGAUAAAAAUUUGUGCCUUCAGAUCUAUCUUAGUAGUCCAAAAUCAUAUAAUACACUGAAGGCUUUUUUGCAUUUGCCCAGCAAGCCUACAUUAUUGAAAGCUGUAUCUGGUAUAAAAAUGGAACCUGGAUUUUCAGUUGCUGUGCUCAAUGCCAUAAAAUUAGUUGCUAGCAAACUGAAAAUCCAUGACAGGUAUUGCAUCUUAUCCUUCGAUGAAAUCACUUUAAAGCAAAGCUUAUCUUAUGAUAAGAAAAGUGAUUACAUUGUUGGAUUUGAAAAUUAUGGUUCCUACACUGAACUAAAAAUGUUUUCCCGAAUAUGCAACUCAUGGUCUUGUUUUUAUGGUCCGUGGGCUGUGUAA